UUUGUAUUGCACUGUAUACUCUAGGCACUAUUGUGGCCCGCGAACAAUACAAAAAUAAUAAUGUGGCCCGCGAGGCCGACAACCUUGGACCACCCUGCUCUAGUGGUAUAAGGGGAAAAUUUUUCCAUAAACAAUGAAUAACUUUGUAAUAUUUUUGAUAAGUUGAAAGCAGAUUGCAGACCCCAAAAUUUUGUAGAUAUCAUUUUUUGUGACAAAAUUCAUUUUCACAUUGAAGUAGCAUUGUAGAAUUUUGUGAAAUAAUAUCUCUACUAUACCACUUUUUGUCAUGCAGGUCUGCAUUUUCUUGUUGUUUGUAUCAAUACUUCUUUCUGUAUAUGUACAAGCUGAUUUAAAUUAACGCAUUCAUGCUAAAAUAAAGUUGAGAUAUUAUAUAAUCUGGCAGUAUGGGAGUUACAUUUGUAACCCAUUGGGAUAUUGAGGAAGGAAAAAAUGUUCCACAAUCAUUAGAAGAACUUCAACGGACAAUUGAAAAAAUUGGAGCUAAAAAAUCAGGAUUAUUUUGCGUGGAAUGUGAAACAUAUCAAACAGUGAACAUUAAUCAAGGAAAACCUCUAAACAUAAUAUCCAACUCGGAAUACCCAUUGUCAAAAUUUGCACUUUUUGAAGAUGGUGCUUCACUAAUCGCAGAUGCAAUGCUACCAAAUUUUUUAGUUAAGAUGAGAUUGUUUUGGCAACAGCGCAAAGGGGCAAAGAUUGAGUGCAAAGGACAUCGGUAUAUUCUCAAUGAUUUUUUAUUCAAAAUUGGAGUAGUUACUCAUGGGUCAAAUACAAGAGGAAUUGCUGUUGAGAUAGAGUACACUCCGUGCCUUUAUGUUAAAGAAUGUUGGAAUUUGCUUUUAGAGAUUUUUCAAAAUAUUCUGGGACCCCAAGCUCCUACAUCGGAAAAUCCACUUUUUCAAAAAUUGAAAUCAACUGACAUAAUAUAUACAGCGGAACAUACAUCUUUACAAUACAUAGAAGUUUUCAAUAAUUUUCGCAAAGUUACAUCAUGAAUUGGGAUUUUAUAUUCCGUUGGUCUGUUUCGUGUAUUUGUAACAUUUGAGUUGCAAUGAGUUAUAAAGUAUGAAAUAUCAAAUAUUUUAAUAUUACCAGAACUUUCAGAACCUGUCCCUCCAAAAUAGGUAUUCAACCUUAAAACCUGGUUGGCUGGGAGCUCUCACUCAAGUUCAUGCGCAAAGUUUUUUUUCCGAGAACUCCAGUUAUGUCAUAUUUACUAUCUCAUUUUCGCUAAAAUAUGAAAAACAAUAUGACUGAUAAUAAUUCAAAACAAUAUGAUUUUAAUAUUUAUAGGUGAAUGUUGCUUUUGUAUGACAAUACAACUAAUACCGGUCCAAUAUGAACACAGUUAAUUAUUUGAGGGAAAAUGGCCUUAUCAGGCACUAAUAGGUAGUAGCAAUACUAUCAAAAUAAUCCGGUCAUUGAUUUUGAAAAUUUUUUAAAAAAAAUUUUGGCAAUAGUCAGGUAGUGGCUUGGUUCAAAUAUGAAGGAAUUCAUUGAGCAUUAUUUUUGAAUACGGUAGUACGACAGUUUUGGUUAUAAGGUUUUUGAAUAGAUGUAGAUGAGAAUUGAUUUCCUAUUUUUAUUAUGGAGAAUGAAGUUUCUUAUCGUCUUGUUCAACAUUAAACAAAUAAUUGAAAAUAAUGCCAUUUUCAACUAAUUUGGUUUAAACUUGGAAAAUUAGCUUUGGCGUCAUCACUCUAAAAAGUUUACUGAUAAGUUUUUAUUUUAUUAAAUAUUUGGUAUAUAUGUCUGCUAAUUUAAUACUUUCUUCUAAACAAAAAUGUUAUUCAUAUCCAUGGGAAGAAUGUGAAAUGUUAUCAAUGAUUUAAUAAAAGGAUUUUGCAAAACAUUCGGUUAUUUUUGACAUGUAAUAUUUUUGUAAUGCCAUUUUUACUAUGAACGUUGCCAUGUACAGGGAUCCCAGUUCAAUACACUCUGAGUGAGAUGAUAGGCAUGUGAAUUCAACAUGGGAUGUUCAACCUAGUUAUGUCCAGCGCUUUAACCAGUGAUUUCAUUUUAUAUUUGUUCAUUUUUAAAUCCAUGCCUGUACGAUGUGUAUGUUAUGUAGGUUUACAUAAACUUCUGAAACCAACUUGAUUGCUCUUUAGAUAAAUUGACAUAGUGACAGUAUGAUGACAGUCAUAGCCACGAUGCUUUGUUUAACUAGCAUAUUUAUACGCUAUUCAAAUAUUCCCAUCUACCUAUUACUACUUCUCAAUAAAGUAUCGAAAUAAUUUUACACAACCCAAAUUGAUGAUAUUGUGGAAAGAAAAUCAGUCUGAUUAUAAGUUUUCAUACAUUUGCUAUUUUAUCAAUUUAUCUCAAUUUUCUACCAUCAUCAAUUUAUGAGCUUGAUAACCUUAUUUGCA